GUGUCGCUAUUACGACUCGGUCACGUCGCGCUGCGACUGAGGCGGGGCGUCUGCUCCGGGCACUUGAAGGAGACUUGGGGACUCCCGGGCGCGCGGUGCCUUUUGGGCUGUUGGGAGUCGCUGCUGCUGCCAUUGCCUGCGCUCCAUGAGGAAGAUGCUCGCCGCCGUCUCCCGCGUGUUGUCUGGCGCUGCCCAGAAGCCGGCAAGCAGAGUGCUGGUGGCAUCCCGUAAUUUUGCAAAUGAUGCUACAUUUGAAAUUAAGAAAUGUGACCUUCACCGGCUGGAAGAGGGUCCUCCUGUCACGACAGUGCUCACCAGAGAGGAUGGGCUCAAAUACUACAGGAUGAUGCAGACUGUGCGCCGAAUGGAGUUAAAGGCAGAUCAGCUGUAUAAACAGAAAAUUAUUCGUGGUUUCUGUCACUUGUGUGAUGGUCAGGAAGCUUGCUGUGUGGGCCUGGAGGCCGGCAUAAAUCCCACAGACCAUCUCAUCACAGCCUACCGGGCUCACGGCUUUACCUUCACUCGGGGCCUUUCUGUCAGAGAAAUUCUUGCAGAGCUUACAGGACGAAAAGGAGGUUGUGCUAAAGGGAAAGGAGGUUCGAUGCAUAUGUAUGCCAAGAACUUCUACGGGGGCAAUGGCAUCGUGGGAGCCCAGGUGCCCCUGGGAGCUGGUAUUGCCUUGGCCUGUAAGUAUAAUGGAAAAGAUGAGGUCUGUCUGACUUUAUAUGGCGAUGGCGCUGCUAAUCAGGGUCAGAUAUUCGAAGCUUACAACAUGGCAGCUUUGUGGAAAUUGCCCUGUAUUUUCAUCUGUGAGAAUAACCGCUAUGGAAUGGGAACGUCAGUUGAGAGAGCAGCAGCCAGCACUGACUACUACAAGAGAGGCGAUUUCAUUCCUGGGCUGAGGGUAGAUGGAAUGGAUAUCCUGUGUGUCCGAGAGGCAACAAGGUUUGCAGCUGCCUAUUGUAGAUCCGGGAAGGGGCCCAUCCUGAUGGAGCUACAGACUUACCGUUACCAUGGACACAGCAUGAGUGAUCCUGGAGUCAGUUACCGUACACGAGAAGAAAUUCAGGAAGUAAGAAGUAAGAGUGACCCUAUUAUGCUUCUCAAGGAUAGAAUGGUGAACAACAAUCUUGCCAGUGUUGAAGAAUUAAAGGAAAUUGACGUAGAAGUGAGGAAAGAAAUUGAGGAUGCCGCCCAGUUUGCCACGGCUGAUCCUGAGCCGCCUUUGGAGGAACUCGGUUACCACAUCUACAGCAGCGACCCACCUUUUGAAGUCCGUGGUGCCAAUCAGUGGAUCAAGUUUAAGUCAGUCAGUUAAGGGGAGACCACAGACAAUGGGUGGUUGUACCUUCAGUGGGCUGUUAGCUGCUUUCAGGAACUGUGUGUUCCCAACUUGGUUAAGGAGGAAGAAAACCCAGAAAGUGUUAAGACUAAACAAUACAUAGGUUGAAUUAAAGAGAUAGUAAUUGCAUGCGGUUUGUAUAUUGUUGCAUUAAAAGAUGUUAUCGAGUGCUUCAGUAUUUAGUGUGAAUAUUAUUAUAAAGAUUAUUCUCAAUUUAUAUAGGUUCAAAGUAGAACUAUUCGAUUUACUUUGUAUGGUUUCAACAAAAUAGGAAAAACAAUUCCUGUAUGUCUGUUCCCAACCCUGUCACCUGUUGGGGAGGAGAUCAUUUCCCAGAGGCAUACUUGGUGUUAACAGCUCACAUGACAUAGUGUAAUCGCGCUGACCUCCAUUUCUCCAUACUAAGACAAUAUUUAUUACAACCAGACGGGUGGGAGGACAAUUGCAUUUUUAAAUAAAACUUUGCUUCAUAAUCAUUUCAAAGACCAAAUAACUUAGUUUUAUCCAUGUAUACAUUCAAAAUAAAUAUGAAGCUAUUUUCUUAAUAGUUACAUUCAUAUCAAACAUUAAAUACAAGGCACAUAUGUAUCAAUUUUCUUUCUCAGAUUUAAGCACUAUUUAUGCAUAAUCUAAAAAUGUGAUUCCCAGUGUCUUAUUUUUAAACACCCAUUGUUUCACCUUUCUAGCAAGUGCUAUCUAGGCUGUACUGAUUUUUCUUUGUUGAAGUAAAUUAAAAUUUAUUUCUAAAAAUGUCCUAAUACUGUGGGAUGUCAAAACUAAGGCUCACUGUUCUCACAAUACAUAUAAUUCUAUGUUUAUAAAUAACAUGUUUUAAAAACCCAUUUCAGAAAGGACAGUCUUUCUUUAAAACUUUACCAAUCUCUUGAAUUGUUAAUUGAACAAUGGUAUUUUUUUGUGUGUAAACAUAACAGAAUGUGUGUACAUCAACAGAAGCUUUAAUGUAGCAUAUUUGCUUACUCUGUCACCUGGCUUAGCUGAUUGUCAUUAAAUCUAAUCUUUGGUUGCUGAA